UCAAGGUGUCAGGCAAACAUUAGCAACUUUGUUAUCAGCAUAACUAACAAAGGCAGUAUCACUUCUAAAAAUAAAAAAUAGAAGCACAGUGCCGAGAUACGUCCCAUAGUAACUGCAGGGACAAAUCUGAACAGUCCUUUUCAGUUCCAUACUUCAGCCACAAGUCUGCCUUUUCCCUUUUCACAGGAUUUUUAUUAAGCAUCUGCAAUACAACUAUCUGACAAAAAAGGAUAAUUUAUUACACAUACUACACAGUCAAGUGAACUCAGCAUACAAAACACACGUCACAAUUUACCAAACCCUCACCCAGCAGCAGGACAAGGUGAGUCAACCUAAAUUCCUCUGAAUUCUUUCUGAUAAUUUCUCCUACAGAAUGCUUUUAUCAAGAAAGGAAACAUGCAACUCAGAUUUCUCUUAACAGUUGAGUAACAAAUAACACUCAUGAAAGUAAAGAAACUGUGGUACUAAACAGUAACAACAGUUUAAAAAUGCAGCUUCUAACAUAUACUGACCUACACAAGACCUUUAUUGGGUUUUCCAAUGCAAAGUUUAAUUUUUUUUUUUUCAAAAGACUAGAAACUUUGUUUCCUAACAAUUUUGAUUUUAAUAGCAGUAUCAUUAAUAAAAGGUUGUUUUCAAAGAAGCGCUAAGUGUUCUUGCAACAAAUUUAGUUGCAACAGAUUUAGUUUCUCUCAGUAAUCCUCCGCCCCCCCACUUCCCUUCUGUUCUUUUACCCCAGCUUCUGAAUGCCAUCAUAGACACCAGCAUUAAAAUUCCAUUCAACUUGCACCUAAAGCAUUUUCUGCUUUCCUCUUAUUUGCUUUCACCUGUGAAAGAAAGAAAAGAUUCUUGCAUGACAUUACUUAUUUAGCCAUCUGAGUGAGGCCAAACUUCUAGCACCAAAGGGGAGGGAAAACAACAUCAUUAGUCAUUUUGUAUUACUUCUUCAGCAAAAACAAACAAACAAAACUACCAAUAACAAAAAACACACAGUACAACAGCUUCCUGGAUGUGAGAGUCAUUUAUUUUAGUUAAAAUAAUCAUGAUUAUAAGCCAAUCAAGGCUUGGCUCCAGUGAACCAAUACAGGUCUUUUGCUAGAAUUUUACAUCCCGGUUCUCCUGCCAGAGACAGACACAAUAAAUUUCACUGACUGAUCCAAACAACUUUUCACAAAUCAGAUAUUGGUCACGAUGGAGCAUCUUUUCAUCGACUACAUUUAGAGUGAGUAGCACUAGACUACCAUAAAAAUCAGAGUAAUUAACUUUCUUUAGACUUUCUUUAGAUAAAGACUCCCUGGGUAUCACAAUGCACCGUCAGUGCCUGUAACAGAGGGAAUGGGAUACUCUCUGCACUGUGGACCAUAGUCUUCGGCACACAAAUUAGAAAACUUCAAGUCCAUCAACUUCCAUAAGAGUUCAAGCUAAUUCUCAGCUAACUGUCACCAGCCAUUAGCUGGCGACCAUCCUCCCCUUAGACCAUCCUCCGAGGCUGCACAGACAUAGUUGAGGAUCAGGGAGAGUCUAGUAGCAAUUUGAUUAAAUCAACUAAUUUCAAUCCCCACCUGUAACAAAUUGACCGAAAAGAGAAAGUAUGAAUAAGCCCUGGGGCAGGGGGGAAAAAGGGCAGGUUCAAGGGCCUAUGCAAGUUUCAGAUUCUCCUCCCAGAACACAAAUUGUGCAUUUUGAUACACAUUCAGAUGAUUUUCUCUGAAGCAUGAGAAAUAUCUUCUGCCUCACAGAUUGCACGCUGUCAAAAACAGCGUGUGCUUUCUCAGCGUUGGUUUAAGACCCUACAAAGGAAUUACACAACCUGGCAACAGCAGCAAUUGGAAGCCACAAUGCUUUUUGUUAAGAGCUGGCAUUAUGGGAAAACUACAGAUCAGGAUCACUUGUGAUAUGCUUGCACUUUGCUUUAACAAGGAAAGAAAUGCUUGUGUUAUGAUAAUGCAUGUGUCUUUGGAAACAUGCUGUUUUCUUAGAAGGACAUUAAGUGCAGAUGGAAACUUUCUUCCCCUGACUUUUCAGGAACAGGAAAAUAAGGUGCUGUUACACUCAGUCAAGAAGGAUUAAAGAGUGGGAAUAUGUUUUACAGAACUGCUGCUUGAAACCUGGUAUUUUGCUCAAAGAUUUUUGCAUAGAGACACAAUGGAGUACAAUACAGCAUUUAAGGACCACCUUAAGACAGACAAAAAAGUAGAGGUACCAAUAUUUAGAGAGCCAUCUUCCACUUUCAAACAGCGCUCUGUUAGAAAGGAGAAGUGAACAAGGGCACACAAAUAGGAGAGAAGGGGGAAGGGGGGCAUUAAACCAACAAAAAAGACAGGGACUCUGUUUAGGGAUACACAGAAAAGAAUCCAAAGGGCAGAGUGGUACCAGCAUAGAUGACAAACUGGGGUAGCCCAGCAACAAUCAUGGACUGCACCCAUCAAUAAUUGGAGCAGAAAGAACACACAGCAUUUGUUUACAGAAAAUUAGAAUUAAGAAUAUUCUCAGUGAAGAUAUAUGUGGACACAUUCACUUUGUGUUUGAUGCAUACAAUUUCACAGAUUAAUUUUGACCAGCACAGUUUGACGCUUGUAUCUUCCUCUUCUUAGCAGUUUAAUUUUUGCAAAUACAGAGAAUGCCUUCACUUGCAGGAAGCCUGUUUGUAGCCCCACCAAGCUGCUUGCAGUAAAUGGAGGGUCUGGGGUCAGAAACGAAAAUUUAGCAUUCAUGUUGGUGCUGUUUAAUAGUUCUGCUGAUGUCCGCCCCACAGCCUCCCACCUUCAAGCUCGAGGCUAUGGCACAGCUCCCCACACUCAUAUGCCCAUCUCUCCCUAGCUGACAGAAACCUUUCUGUGACUACAAAAGGGAUCAGUUUGAACCAACUGGCUGCUGAGACCUUAGCGUACCACUCAGGGUGUAUUUUCUGCUCCUGUGACUCCUGUAACUGCCACAGCUCCUACUUCAUCUCAGUAACAUGAAAAGUACUUGACUGUGAUUCAAACUAAAUAUUUAUAUUCAGAAUUCUAUUUUUAAGUGUGAAAGCUACUAGCGGCUGCAAAGGCAACAGACCUACUUUAAGGCAGUGAGCCGUUCUGUUACAUAUGUUUCCUUCUGCCUCCUUUCCUCUCAACUGGAAUUAUUUUAAAUUGUAAUUUCCUUGGGACAAAGACCUGUCUUUCUCUGUAAAAAUGUAAGUAUUAUGUGGACUCUAUGCCAGGAUCAACAAAUCUUACCUUAUCUGGAGAAUAAGAAAGUAAGAAAGGUUUCUUUAAAAUAUUAAUAUAACAUUUUCAGGUCCUGAAAAGCUGUUGCUGCACAAAGUGUAAGGCUCUAGUCAAAAAAGUGUAAUCACAGAACACUGUUUAAGGAAAAAACUAGCAGAAGUCAAUACAGCUUGUCAGGUUCAAAGGAUUUAUUAAGUUAAUUUUGUUUACAAAAGUUACAUCAGACACAGAAUGUUUAAAAGGUUAAUGAACUCUAAAAAGAAUAAUGUAGUUUGAGACAUCAAUAGAGCUUUUGAAAGAUGGAGGAGAAACCCUACCCUUGCGUAGUGCUGACCUAGAAGAAAGCUUCAACUAUUCUCCCACUCCACUCUUUUGUAUCUCCAGUGGCAAGUCUAAAUAGAAAAACAGGCCUGAAAACAAGAAUGGUACAAAGAGCCUCAGCAGGAAAGCAAAAUGAGGAGAUAGCUUCUUUGAAACCUAGAUUGUUUUAAAGGAAAAAGUCGCAAAACAAUAAAAAUUAGAAGCUUCCUAAAGCCACUAAAAACAACCACGGCCCCUUACUCAAAGGUUAACCACACUCACCAAAAUACUAGCUCAAGAACUGACAAAUGUAUCACACAAUUGACUCAAAUCUACUGAUCACAAAACCCCCUCUUCACAGAGAAAUCCAAUGCACUGUUCGUGCAGCAGGAUUAUUAGAAGCGAAGAGUAUUUUAUCAGAUAAAAAUCUCUCAUGUACAGAAGAAAACCACAUUUAAUGCUGUAAUUAGUAUUCUUCCCUUAGCACGUCCUGUUUUGCACGUUUUCAAAGCACUGUCUGGCCUUCCAGCUGUAAUCUCCAACAGCCCUGUGAUGAACACUCUCACUGUUUUAGAAAUGAGUAUUUCACUACACGUACUUCUCUACCACUGGCUGCAUCUCCUUCCAUCUCUGUCUAGUUUGCAGUGUUGUUUUUUUUUUUUAACAUUUCUUAGAGGACUGCAGCAGCCAAAGUCUUGUUUUCUAUCUGUCUUGAAUCGUAACCGUUCAGUGGCAAGGCAAGCAGGCUUGCUGUCCUCUGAGACAGGCUACAGACCAGGUUACAGUCUGGAUACCUGAUAAUAAUGAAGAAAAAUUAACACAGCCUGAUCAAAUGCACUGAGAAGACAUUCCACCAUCUGCAGCCUAGAAGUUGGGAACAGAUAUAUCAGUUUGUAGCAAAAGCUACAGGAAUUGUUUCAGGACAUGCAGACCCUAUAUUUAUGUCUUUAAGUUGCUACAUUUUAAUGCCUUUUACCCCAACAGAUCCAAUGACAGUAUUAAAAAUGUAACUGGUAUUACACACAGAGCAAAGCCAGAUAUACAAAAUAUUUUGGAGUAAACUAGAAGACAGUCUCUUCCUGCCUUGGAAUUAAAUUAACACAAUAGCUUCCGUAAGACUUUCUCUUUUCAAAAAGAAGACGUUUUUCAAAAAGACUUUCAUUAAUUGACCCUGAGAACGACUACUAAGAAAGUCUUAUUCUCUUCCUCUUUCUUCUUCUGCCAUUUAUUUCUACCCAUUUCCUUUUGCUGUGUCAAGCAAUCAUGUGGUAAACCAGAUCAGCAGGUUCAUUAUAAUGUAAGAAUAACCUAACAAAAAAGUGUUCUGUAGUGUCAGAGCACCAAUCCAGCUUGCCCUGUCACUAAACAGAAUGGAAAAGGGAUGGUGGAGGUGCAGAGAACCUGCCUUUUGAUGGCAGCCUGCAUUUUAUCAGAUCAGUCUUACCACAAAACUGUAUCCCAGUAAACUCACGAAGAAUACCCAACAUUACACAUAAAACACCAGAGUUAGUGUUGUAGCUCUGGGAGGUUAAAUAGUUUAAUUCCUUAAAUUCUUUAAGAAUCUUAACUUUAACCCAUCUUUCUGCAAAUCGACAAACUGAGUUACCCACUCUAGACGAUUUUUUUCUUUGUACAUAUUUGGCUGUUAAAAUAACACCACACCCUUUCAGAAGCCCACGGAUUUCCUCAUACAGGUUUUCAAUGGCAGACCACAAGGGCCAUACUUCUAUUAUUGCCUUAUUUUCCCUAUGGGUAAGUUCAGUUUUGAAAGAUGCUUAGCAGAUUAAAGGGCAGAGGAAAUUCUUCCAAGGGUGGAACUCCGCAUUCAGAGAGCUUUAACAGAUUUUGCUUCUGCAGUGGAGAGGAGGAACUGAGGAGAAAAGCUAUGAAAAUACUUGUUGUUGGCCUCGGAGGAGUAACAAAUGGAGGAAAAACAACACUGGCAGAAAAGCUUAAGAAAAUGCUUCCCAACUGUGAUAUAAUCUCUCAGGAUGACUUCUUUAAGCCAGAGUCUGAAGUAGAAACAGAUGAGCGUGGAUUUAAGCUGUAUGAUGUACUUGAUGCUCUCUAUAUGGAUGAAAUGGUGAAAAGUAUUCACAAUUGGAUGAACAGCCGUACAUGCUCAGCUGUUGUGACUGAAGAACCACAGAAUACACGUGACAGUGUUAAAAAUACAGAAGAUGUUUAUAUUUUGAUUGUUGAAGGCUUUCUGCUGUAUAAUUAUGAGCCACUUAAUGAACUCUGGAAUAGAAGAUAUUUUUUGACGCUUCCUUAUGAAGAGUGCAAAAGGAGAAGGAGUUAUGCAACCUCCUUGCCUAUAUGUAUUUUGGAUACAUGCUCUUAUUAAACCAGCUAACAUUGGGUGUUGUGUGGGAAAUGCAAAACUUGCAUGGGAAUGCAAAUACAUUUCUGUGUA